AUCUCAGGAGCAGCACAGGGCUAAUGGCUGCUGCUGAGAUGAGCGGAUGGGCCACAUCCUUUGAGUCCGCGGCGCUCCCUUCAAGAGGACCGUUAGCUCGGGCGACGCCGAGUUAAAAUGGUUUAUAUCCAAGCGGGGAAACAACUCAGAUCUGUAGUAUACAUCGCGAAGAUCGCCCUUCAAAUUGCAGAGUGGUAGUGGUCAGUUCAGCCUGCGUAACCUGUUACCAUGGCACUGAAGGACCGCGUGGAGUCUGUCCUAAACGUGGGCCUCCGUGUGCCCAGUAUCAUGCUGCUGGAUGUCCUGUACCGCUGGGACGUCAGCUCUUUCUUCCAGAAGGUCCAGAGAUCAAGCCUCUCCAACAACCCCUUGUUUCAGUACAAGUACUUGGCACUUUACCUGCACUAUGUAGGUUACAUCCUGAGCCUGGUGCUCCUGACUCUGCCUCGCCAGCACCUGGUUAAACUGUACCUGUACGUCCUCACUGCACUGCUUCUGUUUGCUGGACACCAAGUCUCAAGGGAUUACGUCCGCAGUGAACUGGAUUCCGGCAAUGAAGGACCGGUCUACCUGGAACCUCUUUCCAUGAACAGAUUCACCACUGCACUCAUAGCUCAGUUGGUUGUAUGCACACUCUGCUCCUGUGUAAUGCAGACCAAGAGGAUCUGGCUCUUUUCUGCUCAUCUGCUCCCUCUUGUGGCCAGACUGUGUCUCGUGCCACUUGAGACCAUCGUCUUCAUCAACAAAUUUUCUAUGAUCUUCACCGGCCUGGAGGUCAUUUACUUCCUAGCAUCUAACCUGCUGGUUCCUUACAAUCUUGCCAAAACUGCCUACCGUGAGCUGGCUCAGGUGGUGGAGGUGUACGGCCUGCUGGCUCUGGGCAUGUCUCUGUGGAACCAGCUGGUGCUGCCUGUUCUCUUCAUGUGCUUCUGGCUUGUGCUCUUCGCUCUGCAAAUCUACUCUUACUUCAGCACCCGCGACAAGCCCACCUCCAGAGAAAGACUGCUCUUCCUCUUCCUCACCAGUGUUGCAGAAUGUUGUAGCACACCGUACUCCCUUCUUGGGCUGGUCUUCACUGUGUCCUUCAUCGCUUUGGGAGUUUUGACGCUCUGCAAGUUUUACUUGCAAGGAUACAGGGCCUUUAUGAACGACAACACCAUGCACCGGGGCAUGACUGAGGGCAUCACUCUUCUGAUCCUGGCAGUUCAAACUGGUCUCAUUGAGCUACAGGUGAUCCACCGAGCCUUCCUCCUCUCCAUCAUCCUCUUCAUCGUUGUGGCUUCCAUCCUGCAGUCCAUGCUGGAAAUAGCUGACCCCAUUGUCCUGGCUCUGGGAGCAUCCAGAGACAAGAGUCUUUGGAAGCACUUCCGAGCUGUGAGUUUGUGCCUGUUCCUGCUCAUAUUUCCAGCCUACAUGGCUUAUAUGAUCUGUCAGUUCUUCCACAUGGACUUUUGGCUCCUCAUCAUCAUCUCCUCCUCAAUCCUCACCUCCCUGCAGGUGCUGGGGACUCUGCUGAUCUAUGUGCUGUUUAUGGUGGAGGAGUUUCGUAAAGCUCCAGUAGAAAACAUGGAUGAGGUCAUCUACUGCGUCAAUGGCACCUAUCGUCUGCUGGAGUUUCUGGUUGCUGUGUGUGUGGUGUGCUACGGCGUGUCAGAGACAGUUUUUGGAGAGUGGAGUGUAAUGGGCAGUACCAUCAUCCUGGUGCACUCGUAUUACAACGUGUGGCUGCGGGCGCAGCUGGGCUGGCAGAGCUUCCUUCUCCGAAGAGACGCCGUCAACAAGAUCAAGAGCCUCCCCACAGCCAGCAGCUCCCAACUGGAGCAGUACAACGACAUCUGCGCUAUCUGCUACCAGGAGAUGAAUAGUGCUGUGAUCACCCCGUGCAGUCACUUCUUCCACGCUGGCUGUCUGAAGAAGUGGCUCUACGUCCAGGAGACCUGCCCUCUCUGUCAUUCACAGCUCAAGAGCCAAUCAGCACCCCCACCCACCCCCACCCAGGACGGUCCCGCCGCUGCCGACCCCCACCCUGCUGGUCAGGAAGAGGGUGCGGCCACACCUGAGCAAGAAGAUGCCACCUCUGCAGAAAAUGCACUUACACAUGGAGAGGGAUCAGGACAAGAGGAAGACGAAGGAGCCGCUGAUAAUUCUUCAAAUACGGAGUACACUUGUUCUCAACAUCUCAAAAUUGCGCCUUCAUCCAGCUCUCAUCAUAAGCCUCAUUCACAUCCUGCUGACUCACAAGAGGACAAUUCUCUAACCCCUCCCUCAAAUUCUCAUGGUUUGUCUUUAGAGCCAACGGCUAAAGCCAACACGGCCAUCUCUGAUUCUGAGCCCAUCUCAAACACAGAAUACCCAGAAUCCUCUUCUGAGUUCCCCUCGCAGGCUGACCCUCUUAGUCUUCUGCAAAAGAAGAGGCAGUAGAAAGCUAUCACUGAGCCACAUGACUUCACAUAUUAUCAAAAUCAUCAUAAUUUAUUUUCAAAAUAUGAUUCAGAUAUCCAUGAUGUACAUCUCCCUCUCUUAGCAUUGUGCUGUAAAGUGGUUCUUUAAAGCAUUUCAGAAGGAUGGGCUGAAUUAUCUUUUUCAUUAUACCAAAAGUGCAACAGGAUUUUUUUCUAUCCAGAUGUGGGAGAAGUCAUGCAGUCAUUCAUGUCCAGGAAAUGUGAAAUUCUAAAGAACUGAAGCAUCUUUUCUAAUCAUCAAAAGUUCUUAAUCAGUUUACAAAGUCAUCCUUACUAUUUCACUCCAACCAUUUCAUGCAGAACUUUCAAAUUUAUAUUUUUGCCGCUCUCUGCCACUGCUGCUGUACUAUUUGUGGUAUUGGGACUUCAUUACUUUCCUCUGCAGCAUGUGCCAUGGUUUAAACAGAUUUAAGACUAUCAAUUAUGGCUGGACCUCAAAUAGGUCUUAACAUUUCAUAAAAAGUUUUAAUGUGGAGCGAUAUAUAAUUCUCGAUGCCAUCAAACAUCUAAGGCUUGGUGCUAUGUUUGCUUUUUUAUUUACAGGUCUCGUGUAGAUCCAGGUAAUUCCGUUUUCAUUUCCAUAUCAUGAUAUCGAUCAAGCAACUUACUGUAUUUGAUUUGAUUGGAGCCUCUGUAUUAUUAUUAUUAUUUUGUUGCUUUGAACACAUUACCUUGCAUUUCACACUUGUAUACCUAUGAAAACAACAAACUCUGUCUAUACAACACUUAAUAACAACUAUUUUGUAGACAGAAAGAAAAAAAUGCAAUGUUUCAUGUCACCACCAGAUGUCGCCAAAGGCCUACACACUGCACCUUUAAGCCUCCAUGUGGCAAACUGAUUCUUUUUUAACUCAUUGCUCAGAUCUGACUUGUUUGGCUGGUCCCAACAAAAUACAUUCUCACAGCCAAACCUAUUAUACUGUUAAAUAUAAAGUUAUUUUUACACUGCUUUUUUAUAAAUGGUUGUUUUAUGGUACUCAUUUCAAACAGCUUAAAAUACAAGUAAAUCAUUUGAGCCAUCCUUCACGCUUGUAGAAACCUAGGGCAUGCUAAUAUAAUCACAUCAACCUUAAUCAAAAAUAUGCUGCCCUGUCACUUGAAUUUGUAUUGUCACUAGUACCAGCUAAUUGGACAUUUUAGACACACUCCAGCAUUUGUUGGAUUGUAAUGAAAACGUGGUUCUUAAAUGUUUCAUAUAUGCUAUAAUCUGAUGCACGCUUGUACGUAGAGCUUGCCUGUUGCCACUACACCCAUUUUAACAUUUGUUAAGCUAUGCUACCUUUGCUACUGUAUUUUUGCCACUUUUUUUAAUUUUACUUUUAUUUUGGGUCGCUAUUGCACUAAUGUUCUUUCUACUCGCAACGCUCCAAAGCUGUGGCUACCAAACUUUCCUAAAAUCUGUGUGUAAUUAUAUUAUUCAUGUUGCUAUGUAUGAAUCAUAGUUACAGUGUUGAUUGGGGCUUGGUUUCUCUAUAGCUUUAGUAUAUUUUAAAACAGCUUUGAGAAAAUCAAGCAACUUUCAACCAGCCAGUGUUACUGCUUCUCCUGUCGAUAUGAAGUGCUGUAAAGCUGAUGUGAUCACUCCAAUGCCCUCUACUGGUAGGAGUGGGAUUAGCAAGGCGCUGAAUGACGGGACAUAGCACAAGUCGACAGUAUUAUUUACUAUUAGGACUAUUGUUGAUAUGGUCUUACUGCUAUGAAUGACUUUUUUUCUGGCAUGCGCUGAGGCAGGACUAUGUAUGAAUACAGUUUAUUUGUAGGAUCAUUCUUGCUCAGCGUUAUGUAACUCAUUGUGUUUCUUUUUUAAAAGCUGAAAUGUAGAAAUGUAUUUUGCACAGGUUUCUCAAAGAGGUGAAUAUACAGCAUAAUCUUGAAUGACUACUUUUUAUUCUUCAUUCUUUACAGUUCUACUUUGAAAUUAAGCACUUAAAUGGCUAGAAGAAUUUGACUGUUUUCAAUGGAGCACUUAUGAGAUAUUCAGAAUGGGAGAACAAAUCCAUGCUUUUUUGUGCAAGCUUUUUGUCUCUCCAUAAUGUAAUUUUUUGUAAUCGUUCCUCUGGAGUUUCUGAGUCUUAAGUCUUCAUCCUCUACCAUCUUCUUUUAUGUUUUUUUUUUUUUUUUUUUGCUUCCACUUUCUCACAGUAAGAAAGCCAAUAUGCCAAUUGGAAAAAUCACAACUGUGAUGAAGAAUUCUAGAUGUAAUGAACUUUAGAGAUAUAUUCUGUUUGUGCCCAAAACCAUGUUUCAGUGUUGUGGUACCUGAAAGAAGCAACAGUAUUCUCAGCAGCAUUAGAGUAGUAUUAUUUCAUAAACAAUGGCCAUUUGUAUUUGAAUUCAAAUUAGCAGUAGUUACAUUAUAGACAGUAUCACUAACUGUGUUUGCCAAAGAUAUGGCAUUGUUCAGUCAACUUUUUUAUUCUUGAGUGCCAACUCCAUUCACAGAUGUUAGUAUUUUUGAAACUUGCACUAUUUAGUAUUCUUAAGAGAAAAGUAAACUGUUUUGUGUUUCCUUCCUAAAAUUGCUAGAAAAAUACUUAGCUUGACAUUUUUGUUAUAGACCUAAGCCAGCUGUUUGUUACUGUUGCUUCUGUUGGACCACUUUCUGGCCCCUGUUGAUGGAUGCUCCUCGUAGAUUUUGUUGACGUAAUUGUCAGUAUACCAUUUUACAAAUACAUUUUUGAAUCAAUAACGACCUCCUCUGUAAAACUGUUACUGUUACUCUGUUGGUUAUGCUACGAAACUGAAUGUGAGAAAUAAAAUGAACGAUCCACUUUGAA